UAAUCGUAUUUCCUUUCUCUCAAUUUUCUAUGUUCGUCUGUAAGCACAAUGAAGAAGAACAACAGGAUGUCUACCACGAAAACGGAUGAGCCAGGUGACCUCUACAUCCCACAGUCCCAGGAUCCAGGGGAUCUUCAAAAUAUGUUGGAUGGAGGAGAGUAUCCCCCUUUCGUAUCUCCUCCCAUGUUAGAGAGCACUUUUAUCCAGGUCAACAGGAGAGGCGAAUCCAUUUACCUUCAUAACCGAGCCAACUGGGUGACCGUAGGCAUCUGUUCUUCCAGUCACACCCAGAAGAUCCCCAACGUAAUGCUCCUGGCACAUCUGACACCCACUGCCCAGAAAGAUACAGAACCCACGUUUGAAAGUCUCCUGACAUCUCCUUCCACAGAGAAACUGGUGCUCACCAGAUUUCUUCCUCUGCAAUUUGUGACUCUUUCUGUGCAUGAUGCUAAGAAUAUGUGCCUCAAAGUAAAGCUGGUGAGUGGUCGAGCCUACUACCUACAGCUCUGCGCCCCCGCAUAUAAACAGGAAGCCCUGUUUUGUCAAUGGGUGGAACUCAUUGCCCUCUUAAAUCAGGAGAAAAACAAAACUUCCAAAGUAUCAGAAGUCUCAAGCCUCUCAGAAAUCACAAACAGCACAGAAAUCACAGGCUCUGUGGACAUCAUGGAUAUUGCAGCAUUCAUGGCUUUGCAGACCCCCUACGUGCAUCCAUGCACAGACCCCACAUGUGCCAUGGAUAGUGUGGAUUUCUCAGAAUUCACAGACGUCACCGACGUCACUGAUGUCACAGAUGUUCCAGAAAAUGAGAUUACAGAGACCCCAGAUGUAAGAAUCGUCACGGAAGUCACAGAAGUCAUAGACAUAGCUGAUGACGCAAACAGGUCAGAGGUCACAGUGGUGUUUGAAAACGAGGACAUACUAAGGGCCAAGGAGGAGGAAAAGGCAAAAGAUGAAAACAUUCUGAGGACUGGGUGUCUACGAGAUAUAAAAACUAAGAAUGAGCCCAAAGGACCCUCCAAACAUGUCACCAUCUCAAACGUAACGCUGACUUUUGAAGGUGAAAGACAUUUCCAAACUACCUUAACUCCAGAAAAAAAUGAGGCAAAUGUACAUGAAGAGAUGGAUGACAUAACCUCUGCAGAAAAGACUGAUUUUAAGAAUACAGCUCUCAAGGUUGAAAAAUCCAGGUAUGUGAGGCAGGGAAAUGCUGAGGGGUUCUAA